AUGUGGCACUUAGAGUCACCCUCGGAGGAAUACAUGUGGAAUACCUAUGGUGGUUAUCACACUGUCCUUCGCAUGGCCAUGACUUGUCAAGCUUUCAAGGAACCGGCUCUUGACAUCCUCUGGCAUAACCUGAUAACACUUGUGCCAUUGAUACAAACUUUGCCUCAGGAUGCAUGGUGCAAAUCAGAUACCUUGAAUACAUAUGGCGAGAAGCAAUGUAUCAUAACUGUGAUGAGGCCUCUAGUGUCCACCGAUUGGGAUAGAUUCCUCUACUAUUCGCCACGCAUUCGACGUCUUGGAUUUCGCGACAUCGAGUUCCGCGACCAAGAAUUCGAGAUGCUGCUGCAGUCCUGCGCAAUCCCCCCGGAUUGUGCAAUCGAUGCACACUGUUACACUUCACUCAGUCUGUACCGGCCUGUCAAGGUUCUCCUUCCUAAUCUUGGGGCACUGCGCUGGAAUAUCCAUCAAAUUGAUGCAUUGCAGUUUGUAUCGCUAUUCUUUGGGCCCAGCCUGAAAUCCUUCUCACUGGCACUGUCUCAUAAUUCAAGAGCAAAUCUCGAUCCCUCUCUAUAUUCGCCCAUUGUAUCCACUUUGACGUCUCUCCUCGAUAUAUGCCCAUCUUUACUCGAAUUCGAAAUGUACGGUAUGGAGCCAAAAUGCAUCGUCGAUGCAAUACAUGCUAUCGCACUCACGCGCCCGAACUUGCGGAAAUUCGUCGUCCAUUACCAGGCGUGGACCGACGACUUCAUUAGCCACCUAUGCAGAAUGCCUCGUCUAUGCAAUGUGGCGAUAGAGAAACCAGACGCGACAGAUUUCGGGUUUCUUACCAUCCCCGAUCAUUAUCCACCUUUCAUGCACCUGACAAAGCUAUCGCUCAGACUGCAGAGCAUGGUUUCCUGUAUUCACUUGCUGGACCUCAUGCGUGCAUUCAAAUUGGAAGAGAUUUGGAUGCAUGCUUUCAUUCCCGCCACUGCUGCCGAAAUUCUGCAAUUUCUGGAAACACUUCGUGAUCGGUGUUCGCAUUCUUCGUUGCGCGUCGUCAGACUUCCGGGCGUAGAGUUCAGUAAAUGGCCAAAAGAGUUGGACGAAAGACACACUGUCACUUCAGAAACACUAGAGCCAUUGUUAUGUUUCUCGAAUAUGCGCAUCAUCCAGAUCCAAUCGCCUUCGUCUUUUGAAGUGGACAACUUGGCAUUGGAGAGGAUGGCACGGGCUUGGCCACAGCUAUACAUUCUCAUGUUGCAGAUUUCUUGGGUAGAGUCGAUUGAGGUCACCUUCAAAGGACUUGCUCGUUUGGUGACACUCUGUCCUAAACUCACCAGGCUGAGCAUUGCGAUCAAUGCUGAAUCGGAUGACCUCGACAGUGACGCUCUGGCGGCCCUCGUGCCCAAUUCCCAUAUGAGAAAGCUCGAUCUCAUGAACUCGACAUUCGGAAAGAUGGACAUGGUAGCUUCCUGUCUUGUUACACUGUUUCCGCGGUUGGACCGCGUGGACGGAUGCCGCGGAGGUCUGAUUGAGGACGGGGGUCGAUCCAUGGACUCUUAUACUUACUAUCUGCAGCUGGGAAUGGCAUGCCUCAACGCUCGACUAGAAAGAAAAACAGACAGGAUGGAUGUCCGUCGCGGUCUGUAUCCGCGUCGUGCUGUGAAUGAGCUGAAUCCAUGGGCAUCUGGACCUUGA